UAGUCCUGGUCCCAAAGGAAGUCCUGGUCCGAAAGAUAUUACAAAACAGUGUUGACUCAUUGGUAGCCCAACAAACUGUCUAUCAAACACUGGUACUCUCGCCUGUUAAAACAAUGGUAAGUAACCACAUUUCAAUGUAAAGCGCGAACUACAUUAUCUGCAGGGCUGCAUGUAUUGUCUUUUUUUGUGACCGAAUGUUUCAGGAGCCAACGCGUCUGAACCCAGGUCCCUACCCCCUGCUGAUAGUAGCCACAAUGACUGCACUCAUUCAGGAUCUGAGCACAGCAGGAGGGGUCGACGCGUGGAUGUACCACCACAGCACCGACCCGCCUCGUAACUGGAGCUCGGCCCGAACCUGGUGCCAGCAGCGAUACACGGACAUGGUGGCCAUCCAGAACCAGGGGGAGAUCGCCUACCUCAACCAGAUGCUGCCCCGCAACCCCAGCUACUACUGGAUCGGCAUCCGCAAGGUGGCGGGGUUCUGGACCUGGGUGGGCACCAAUAGGAGCCUGACACCAGAGGCUCAGAACUGGGCGGUUGGGGAGCCGAACCACCCGUUGGAGGACUGUGUUGAGAUGUACGUCAAGAGGGAAAAGGACACGGCAAAGUGGAACGACGAGCGGUGCAGUAAGACGAAAGGAACCCUCUGCUAUACAGCCUCGUGUUCAGAGGGAUCCUGUGGUAACCAUGCCGACUGUGUAGAGACCAUAGGAAACUUUACCUGCCAAUGUCACCCCGGCUUCCUAAGCCCUCGCUGUGAAGAGGCGGUCACGUGCGAUGCCCUCUCGGUUCCCCAGCACGGCCGUCUCCAGUGUCACGGAUCCUACGGACCUUCACGCUUCAAUUCGUCCUGCCGGUUCCACUGUGACCUCGGGUACAGCGUGGAGGGCCCGGAAUGGCUGCAGUGUCAGGCGUCCGGACGCUGGGACCACCCCGCCCCCCGGUGCCAAGUGGAACAGUGCGCGGCUCUGAAACGGACGUCUGACAGACUGCUCAGGACCUGCCUCCAUCCGAUUGACAAUGACAGCUUCAACUCCACUUGUGCGUUCAGUUGUGAGGAGGGUUUCGAGCUCAGUGGACAAAGCGUGACGAUAUGCGACCAUGCGGGUCGAUGGACCGCAGAGGUCCCGACGUGUUCAGUGAUUGCGUGCGCUCCCAUUUCCCCUCCUGCUAUGGGCAACAUGACCUGUGUUGACAGCCUGGCUCCGUUCUCCUUUGGCUCCUCGUGUAGCCUCACCUGUUUGGAAGGCUACACUCUGGCCGGCAGCCACACACUGGCCUGCUCAGCCUCUGGACAGUGGAGCCAACCCAGACCCACUUGUAUAGCUGUGCGGUGCAUUGGUCUGAAAGUCCCCCCUCAUGCUGUCUUGGGCUGCCAGGAUCCUAUCGGAGUCUUCAGCUAUGGUUCCACGUGCACCCUGCACUGUGAAGAGGGAUUUAAUCUGAUCGGCAGCAACACCACUCAAUGUUCGGCACAGGGCCGCUGGAGUGGCCAACUUCCUGUCUGUCAGGCCGUGCAGUGCUCAGUCUUGUCUGCCCCCCCUCACGGCUCCCUGUCCUGCUCCAACACCCAUGGAGAGUUUAGCUUCUCCUCUCGCUGCGCUCUCACCUGUGAUGAAGGCUUCCUGCCCAACGGGACGGCCCACACAGAGUGCUCCUCCCUGGGGUCCUGGAGCCAGGAGGUCCCUCGGUGCCUGGCCGUGCAGUGCUCAGUCUUGUCUGCCCCCCCUCACGGCUCCCUGUCCUGCUCCAACCCCCAUGGAGGGUUUAGCUUCUCCUCUCGCUGCGCUCUCACCUGUGAUGAAGGCUUCCUGCCCAACGGGACGGCCCACACAGAGUGCUCCUCCCUGGGGUCCUGGAGCCAGGAGGUCCCUCGGUGCCUGGCCGUGCAGUGCUCAGUCUUGUCUGCCCCCCCUCACGGCUCAAUGUCCUGCUCCAACCCCCAUGGAGAGUUUAGCUUCUCCUCUCGCUGCGCUCUCACCUGUGAUGAAGGCUUCCUGCCCAACGGGACGGCCAACACAGAGUGCUCCUCCCUGGGGUCCUGGAGCCAGGAGGUCCCUCGGUGCCUGGCCGUGCAGUGCUCAGUCUUGUCUGCCCCCCCUCACGGCUCCCUGUCCUGCUCCAACACCCAUGGAGAGUUUAGCUUCUCCUCUCGCUGCGCUCUCACCUGUGAUGAAGGCUUCCUGCCCAACGGGACGGCCAACACAGAGUGCUCCUCCCUGGGGUCCUGGAGCCAGGAGGUCCCUCGGUGCCUGGCCGUGCAGUGCUCAGUCUUGUCUGCCCCCCCUCACGGCUCCCUGUCCUGCUCCAACCCCCAUGGAGAGUUUAGCUUCUCCUCUCGCUGCGCUCUCACCUGUGAUGAAGGCUUCCUGCCCAACGGGACGGCCAACACAGAGUGCUCCUCCCUGGGGUCCUGGAGCCAGGAGGUCCCUCUGUGCCUGGCCGUGCAGUGCUCAGUCUUGUCUGCCCCCCCUCACGGCUCCCUGUCCUGCUCCAACCCCCAUGGAGAGUUUAGCUUCUCCUCUCGCUGCGCUCUCACCUGUGAUGAAGGCUUCCUGCCCAACGGGACGGCCAACACAGAGUGCUCCUCCCUGGGGUCCUGGAGCCAGGAGGUCCCUCGGUGCCUGGCCGUGCAGUGCUCAGUCUUGUCUGCCCCCCCUCACGGCUCCCUGUCCUGCUCCAACCCCCAUGGAGAGUUUAGCUUCUCCUCUCGCUGCGCUCUCACCUGUGAUGAAGGCUUCCUGCCCAACGGGACGGCCAACACAGAGUGCUCCUCCCUGGGGUCCUGGAGCCAGGAGGUCCCUCGGUGCCUGGCUCGCUCCUGCCCCCUGCUUGUGACCGCACCGCACUACGGCUGGAUGAACUGCAGCCAUCCUCACUCGUCCUUCAGCUACGGCUCCCACUGUGACCUCGGGUGCGGCGAGGGCUUCCGGCUCAGCGGAACACCCAGUAUAAACUGCAACGCAUCCGGCGACUGGAGCGGCGCGAGGCCAACGUGCAAGGUGGUCCAGUGUGAGGCUAGCUGGCUGGCUGGCCUCACCGCCUCGCCCCUCUCCCUCAACUGCUCCCACCCCCGGGGAAACUUCAGUUUCGGCUCCCGUUGUCGCUUCGCCUGUGCGGGGGCCUACUCCCUGAAUGGCACUGAGGAGCUGCUCUGCUCCUCCUCCGGGCGCUGGAGCGCCGCGUUACCAACGUGUGCUGAGGUGGGUACGCCCCUGUGGUCGGCCGUCCUGAUGUACUCUGGAGCGGGGGCUGCCUCCCUCGCGGUGCUGCUCUUCGCGGUCGGCGCCGGCCUGCUGGUCGCCAAGCGCUUCAAGAAGAAAGGUAUAAUGGAUGGAGACAAUUCAUUCUGGGAAGAGAGAGAAAAUCCGGAUUUUAAAUCUUGAAUCUUCCUCAGUUCGGAAAACGACACAAAAACUCAGGUCGAUGUGUGGUGUUAUUAUGAAGAACACUGUUCUCGUUUGUUCAAUAGUGUGUUGUGGCCAUUUUUUGCUACAAACGACAGGAUAGCCUGAUAUUUUUGCAGAUUAUUUCCGGUUCUGCAUUUCUUUUGGCAGAUUAUCCGGUGGUGUGGGGUAUUCUUAAAAUUGGAUUUUACUUCCCUAAACCUAUUAAACUUUUUAAACGAUUCAAUAUAGUAAAUAGUCAAAGGGCAGCCGAGUCGCAGUAUGAGGAUGGUCAUGUGGAAAACACGAUAGCCAAUUAAUAAGCAGGCCGACCAUUCUACCAAACAAAAGCCCUGAAGGAAAAAGUGAAUGUGAUGGAUUUGCCAAAUAGAGGGAUCCAACUCAUGCUGUUAUAUAAACAGUCCGUUUUCAUGCCAACUCCAUGACCUCUUUCAUAAUUUUUUAAGGAGGUCCCCAAUGUUUUUUCCGCUUAAGAAUUGUUAUGAUACCGAGAUUGCAAUUGCGAUUCGCGAAUAAUGACUUGGUUGUUAGUAUUGGAAUUAGUGUGGAGUACUCUGUUGGCAAAAUCGAUUUUUCCUCUCACAAACUACCGUUAAAUGUGUCUAGGUGUGUGGUCUCUCCGAUGUUUCUUACAUUUGAAAAAAGGCCAAUGUGCCUUUCAUUUAGUUAUAUUUUCUAUUCUGCUGAGCUUUUUCUUUGUUUAGAUUGUACACGUUCAAUAAAGUGUCUACCACACACAGCAGUCCCUUUGUCAUGAAGCUGUUCUUCACCUCCAGCCACUCCGUCCCAUCAUCAUACACUGCAUUAGCAAUGCAUAUAUUACUGGCUCUUUCUCACUGGCAUGUGUGAGGUGUGAUGUGGCAUGAUGUCAUCCUCAUGCUGCCAAGCGUCCCAUAUUUCUCUCCCCCUAACAGCCCCCGUGACUGUGAGGUCACUUGGCUGCCAAAACGACACAAAGUGUCAUCUUAGCUGGGCCCAGUGCCCCUGUCGUUAAAAUGAUGAAAAACUAUUACGACCUCAGUGUCAUUUUGUGUCUUUUGUCUUUGGUCUGGCACUAGGAGGAGGAAUACAUUACUCUCAAACGGCA